CCGGUACCGCUAUUUGUGUACGAAUAAGAUAUACGAACGGAUCGGAGGCAGAAGAACAUUCUUUUAAGUCCUGGAAUAUCGUGUUGAUCUGGCUGUAAUAGUUUGCAAUGGCGUCAGCGAACAAAUUUGUCUCCUUGUUCAACGGUAACAAGAUGCCUAUCUUGGGUCUCGGGACAUGGCUGUCUAAGCCAGGUGAAGUCCGUGAGGCAGUCAAGGUAGCAGUGGAUUAUGGGUAUCGACACAUUGACUGUGCUCAUGUGUAUGGCAACGAGGCUGAGGUUGGAGAAGCGCUCAAAGAAAAAUUUGAUGCAAACAUCAUCAAGAGAGAAGAUAUCUUCAUCACCAGUAAGCUUUGGAACACUAAGCAUCAUCCAGAUGACGUCGAGGCGGCAUGUGACCAAACUCUGAAGGACCUCCAACUAAGUUAUGUAGAUAUGUACCUCAUGCAUUGGCCAAUGGCUUACAAGAGAGGCUCAAACAACUUUCCAAAAGAUGAGAAUGGCAAAUUCAUUCCUGAAGAUGUAGACUAUUUGGAUACAUUUCUGGCGAUGGAGAAUCUAGUGAAAAACGGCAAAUGCAAAGCAAUAGGUCUGUCCAACUUCAGCUUGAAGAUGAUGAAACGUGUUGUAGAGAGAGCUACUAUUCAAGUAGCUAAUUUACAGGUUGAGAUGCAUCCACUACUCAAUCAAUCCAAGCUGGUAGAGUAUUGCAAAGAAAACAACAUAACAAUAACAGCUUACAGUCCCCUCGGUGCGCCCCAAAGACCAUGGAUAAAGGAUGAUGAUCCAAAGCUAAUGGAGGAUCCUAUCAUUACCGGUAUCGCUGCAAAGAAGGGCAAGAGCCCCGCCCAAGUUCUAAUCAGAUUUGCUCUGGAUAGGGGGGUGAUCUGCAUUCCAAAGAGUGUUACUCCUAGUCGUAUACAGGCCAACUUUGAGGCACUAAACUUUGAGCUAGAUCCUGAGGACCUUAGUAAACUUAUGUCGAUGCAUAAUGGAUACCGUGGCUGCCUACUCGAAUGGGUGGAUCAUCCACAGCAUCCAUUCUUAGGAAAGGAGAAGGAUGAAUGACGAUUGUGAAACGCAGCUUAUGGUAUCUUUAAGAUGAAAUGCAAUUUCAUCUUUAUUAGUUUAGUUAAAAGUGCUGAUUCUGAAUUAUGUUUGAUUCUAAAUCACAUUUGUCAGCUUCAAAUUUUAUUUGAUCUCAUUUUUAUUCUAGAUUGUGUUUGUGAUAUUUAUUUGAUUCCAGUCUGAGAUUUCCAGGAUAUAAUUCUCUCUCUUAUUUUCUUUACUGAAUUUGAUGUGUUUGUUUGUUUGAUUGAUUGCAGCUGGUUAAUUUUAUUAAAGGGGAAGUGUCCUAUAUCACCAAAGAAAAAUCAAAAUCAUAGACAUUAUCUAUAAAGCAAUUCAGUACGAUGUUCCAAUGUAAUGUGCAGUAUUAUAUAUAGAAGAUUGGGAUGGUUGCAGUACUUAAAAUGAUAGGAAACAUUUCCUUAAUUGCUGUUAAGUUACCCAUAAUUUCCCCAUAUUUUGCUUGAAAAGCUGAUUUAGCCUUUUAUGUCUUGCCAUGUUAUUGGGCAGUCUUUAAUAGAGACACAAUCUAGUUUGAUAAAAUAAGUCUGUAAUAUGAAUAUGAAUUUUUUGUUUAUUUCAUUUCUGUAACAAUUAUCAACAUACAAAU